AGCCAUGUGUUUGCUUACUGACGUCCUGGAGGGCUGAAAUGUCACUCUGCUGGGCCUAAAGCAUGAGAGUGUGAGUGUGAGGGGCCGGCUCUGGGUUCCUGGCGUUGGACUUUUUUCGGGAAGAAAAAUGUGCCUUUCCAUCUGAGGUCAAGCAAGUCUUUCAUCCCUCUGCAUUCAGGAUCUUUGGGUAGGGGCCGCAGGACGACUGUGUGAGCCAUGUCUCGCCUCCUGAACUCCGUGUCCUGCUCCUGUGUGCCCUUGUUUCACCAAGCUGCACUCAAAAAGUCACCUGGGAAAAGGUACUUCCAGACCUGUCGUAUUUUAUGGGAUCAAAAGGCUUCCAAAGGUGUUCCAUACAAAGAUGUUCUGGUAGGUGUGCCCAAAGAGAUCUUUAAGAAUGAGAAGAGGGUGGCUCUGUCCCCGGCCGGAGUGGAGGCCCUGGUCAAGCAGGGCUUUAAUGUCCAGGUGGAGAGCGGGGCUGGAGACCACGCCAAGUUCUCCAAUGAUCAGUACAAAGUGGCAGGCGCCAAAAUAACCGACACUAAGGGCGCCUUUAACUCAGACCUGGUUCUGAAGGUGCGAGCACCAGUCUUCAGUGAGGCUUUAGGGAAGCAUGAGGCGGAGCUGCUGAAGCCCAAGUCCACCCUGGUGAGCUUCAUCUACCCAGCCCAGAACCCGGAGCUCAUGGAGAAGCUGGCCAAGCAGCAGUGCACUGUCAUGGCCAUGGAUCAGGUCCCCCGUGUCACCAUCGCCCAGGGUUAUGAUGCCCUGAGCUCAAUGGCCAACAUUGCAGGGUACAAGGCCGUGGUCCUCGCAGCAAAUCACUUUGGAAGAUUCUUCACCGGUCAGAUUACCGCAGCUGGGAAAGUACCUCCAGCUAAGGUGCUUGUUAUUGGCGGUGGUGUAGCAGGCUUGGCUGCAGCAGGGACAGCCAAAUCAAUGGGGGCCAUUGUGAGAGGGUUUGACACAAGACCAGCAGCUCUGGAGCAGUUCAGGUCCUUUGGGGCAGAAGCUUUGGAAGUGGAUAUGAAAGAGUCUGGGGAUGGAGUCGGUGGUUAUGCCAAGGAGAUGUCUCCAGAGUUCAUUGAGGCCGAGAUGGCGUUGUUUGCCAAGCAGUGCAAAGAGGUCGACAUCCUUAUCAGCACUGCUCUUAUUCCAGGAAAGAAGGCUCCCAUCCUGAUCAAGAAGGCGAUGGUGGAGUCCAUGAAGGAUGGAUCUGUGGUGGUGGAUUUGGCUGCUGAGGCUGGAGGCAACAUUGAGACGACUGUACCAGGGGAACUCAGUGUUCACAAGGGGGUGACACACGUUGGGUUCACAGAUCUCCCCAGCAGAAUGUCCACUCAAGCCAGCGCAUUGUACUCCAACAACGUUCUGAAGUUGCUGAAAGCCAUUAGCCCUGAUAAGGAUUACUUCCACUUUGAACCUGUGGAUGAAUUUGAUCACGGAACACUUGAUCAUGUCAUCCGAGGCACUAUGGUGAUGCAGCAAGGCAAGAACAUUUUCCCAUCGCCAUUACCAAAGACUGUUCCUCCAGCUGCCCCUGUUAAGCACAAGUCAGUGGCAGAGAUUGAAAAAGAGAAAAAAGCAUUGGUUUCACCCUUUAAGCAAACCAUGACCUCUGCAGGAGCCUACACAGCAGCGGUGUCCACUAUCAUUAGUCUGGGUCUUAUUGCACCCAACGCUGCUUUCACUCAGAUGGUCACCACCUUUGGUCUUGCUGGGAUCGUUGGAUAUCACACAGUGUGGGGAGUCACCCCAGCCUUGCACUCACCUCUCAUGUCUGUCACCAAUGCCAUCUCAGGCGUGACUGCUGUGGGUGGCUUGGUGUUGAUGGGCGGAGGUCUCUACCCAUCAUCUCUCCCUGAAAGUCUCGCACUGGCGGCUGCUUUUGUGUCCUCUAUCAACAUUGCAGGCGGUUUCCAGAUCACACAGAGGAUGUUGGACAUGUUUAAGCGACCCACAGACCCCCCGGAGUAUAACUACCUGUAUGGAAUCCCUGGAGCUGUCUUUGUGGGAGGAUAUGGGGCAUCGCUAGCCGGCGGCUACCACAUAGAACAGAUGAUGUACCUGGGCUCGGGCCUGUGCUGUGUUGGAGCCUUGGCGGGCCUUUCUGCCCAGCGCACCAGUCGGCUAGGCAACACCCUGGGAAUGAUGGGGGUGGCUGGGGGCAUCGCCGCCACCCUGGGUGCACUCCACCCCUCCCCUGAGCUGCUGGGACAGAUGACACUGGCCAUGGCAAGUGGAGGCACCAUAGGAUUGACCAUUGCCAAGAAAAUUGAGAUUACUGACCUACCUCAGUUGGUGGCAGCCUUCCAUAGUCUUGUAGGGCUGGCUGCGAUGCUCACCUGCAUUGCUGAGUACAUGAUUGAGUUUCCCCACCUCGACGCCCAUCCUGCCGCAAAUGUGGUGAAGACUGUUGCCUAUCUUGGCACUUACAUUGGUGGUGUCACCUUCAGUGGUUCCCUGGUUGCUUAUGGAAAGCUUCAAGGCCUUCUGGACUCCGCUCCCUUGCACCUCCCUGGCCGACACAUGAUGAACGCUUGCCUCAUGGCGGCCUCAGUCGGAGGGAUCCUGCCCUUCAUGCUAACUGACACCUACGCCACGGGCAUGGGCUGCCUGAUGGGACUCUCCGGCCUCUCCACCGUCAUGGGUGUCACACUGACUGCAGCCAUUGGCGGUGCCGACAUGCCUGUGGUCAUCACUGUGCUGAACAGCUACUCUGGCUGGGCCCUAUGUGCUGAGGGCUUCUUGCUGGAGAACAACCUCAUGACCAUCGUUGGCGCUCUAAUUGGCUCCUCUGGUGCCAUCCUGUCUUAUAUCAUGUGUGUGGCCAUGAACCGCUCCCUUCCUAAUGUGAUUUUGGGUGGCUAUGGUACCUCAUCCACUGCUGGUGGGAAGCCCAUGGAGAUUACGGGCACCCACACUGAAGUUAAUGUGGACCAGUCCAUCGAACUGAUAAAGGAGGCUAACAGCAUUAUCAUCACUCCUGGUUGGGGUCUUUGUGCUGCAAAGGCCCAAUACCCCAUUGCUGACAUGGUGAAGAUGCUGUUAGAGCAGGGCAAGACAGUCAGAUUUGGAAUCCACCCCGUGGCUGGCCGGAUGCCUGGUCAGCUGAAUGUCCUGCUGGCUGAGGCUGGAGUCCCCUAUGAUAUUGUUAUGGAAAUGGAUGAGAUCAAUGACGACUUCAAAGAGACUGAUUUGGCUCUUGUCAUUGGAGCAAAUGACACAGUAAACUCUGCUGCUCAAGAGGACCCAAAUUCCAUAAUCGCUGGAAUGCCAGUGCUGGAGGUCUGGAAGUCAAAGCAGGUGAUUGUGAUGAAGCGUACUCUUGGUGUGGGCUAUGCUGCCGUGGACAACCCCAUAUUCUACAAGCCCAACACAUCCAUGCUGCUGGGAGAUGCCAAGAAAACAUGUGAUAGCUUACAGACUAAAAUUAGAGAAGUUUACUAUUAGCUCCAGCAUGCCCAUCUGUGAUCAUUUCAGAAGUAAUAUUUGUAUUUAUUAAAACAUUUCGUCCAAAUCCAGUUACAGAUGUAUGAUUGCUGUUUUUUUUCAAUUCCAUUGCAUAGGGUUUAUUGUGCAUUCAAACCACAGCUAAGAGUAAGUCUGUGAUGUGGCAAAUAAUCGAUACAAAUCAAAAUGUAAAAGCAAUGAAAGUUUUAUUGAACUGCAUGCACUUUCUGAUUUGUAAAUAAAAGUAUUUCACUAUGACUUCUGUCAAAAGAUGCA